AAAUUCUGUCAUCAGAAUUAGCCAUUACAUUUACGUUCACACACACACAGACGUACUCACAUGUGCUCUAUAUAUAUCAUCGGUUGUUCUGGUGCUGAUCUUUACCAAAGGCUAAACAAAGAUAUUUCAUAUCAAAUUCGCUGAUUUCCAUUUCCAGGCAUGGCUUCAUCUGAUACACCUGAAGUAGUUAAAAGGGAUGUUAAGGACAAAGAGCGCAAGGAAGAUGAGAAAGAUGAAGAGAAAGGGGGAUUUAUUGAGAAGGUGAAGGAUUUCAUUCAAGACAUUGGCGAGAAGAUUGAGGGAGCUAUAGGAUUUGGAAAGCCAACUGCGGAUGUUACUGAGAUUCACAUCCCUCAUAUCAAUCUUGAAAUGGCAGAGAUUGUUGCUGAUGUUCUUGUAAAGAACCCAAAUCCCGUCCCCAUCCCUCUGAUUGACAUAAACUACUUGAUUGAGAGUGAUGGAAGGAAACUAGUUUCAGGGUUGAUCCCAGAUGCCGGGACGAUCCCUGCACAUGGCGAGGAGACUGUCAAAAUACCACUUAAACUAGUUUACGAUGAUAUAAAAAACACAUAUGAUGAUAUCAAGCCUGGAAGCAUAGUUCCAUAUAGGAUUAAGGUUGACCUCAUUGUGGACGUGCCUGUUUUUGGUAGACUGACUAUACCACUUGAGAAAACUGGAGAGAUCCCCAUACCUUACCAGCCUGAUAUUGAUGUUGAGAAAAUUAAAUUUGAGAGGUUCUCUUUAGAAGAAACUGUUGCAGUUCUUCAUUUGAAAUUGGGAAAUAAGAACGACUUUGACUUGGGACUAACUUCACUAGACUAUGAGGUUUGGCUUUCCGAUGAGAGCAUUGGAGGUGCAGAACUCGCAAAGUCCACAAAAAUUGAUAAGAAUGGAAUAGGUUACAUUGAUCUUCCCAUCACCUUCAGGCCUAAGGACUUUGGCUCUGCACUUUGGGACAUGAUGAGAGGAAAAGGCACUGGUUACUCCAUGAAAGGACAUAUUAAUGUAGAUACACCCUUUGGAGCAAUGAAUUUGCCCAUCAGCAAGGAGGGAGGUACUACCAGUCUCAAGAAGAACAAAGAAGAUGGUGGGGAUGAUGAUGACGAGGAGGAAUAGAAACUGCAUUGGCAGGAGUGCUAAUACCAGUAGCUGUGGUCUGUUUAUCAGCACUCAUCCCCUAGAAUAAUUGAUAAAUAGGCGCUUGAACACAAGGUUUUUACUUCUGGUGUUGAUGUACAUCCCUUGCUAGCUGAAGUUGAGGACUUUUAUUUAUGCAUAUCUAUGCUUAUAUUGUUUUGAUGUAUGUGAGGUUUGGCGCUUUAUAGCUUGCAUGCCCGCCCUGUUGUCGAGACCUUUGGAUGGCAGAUGAAACUCUUGUUUUUCACUUUUUAUAAAUUAUGAUGAUGAUGAUAAUGAUUCAACUCAUAAUAGGAAAGUACGAGUGUUAUGUA